CGGUGGCGCCGCAGGUCGGGAGGAGGAGCACCGAGUGGAGGGCUCGUUUGCCGGGGCCGCCCGAGAGUCUCUUCGUCGCGGGCGUUGGGGCCGCCAUCUUAGAUGGCGGGAGUAAGACGAGGGCGAGCGUGAGACAGGAAGGCUUUCCUGCCGCUCUCCUUGGGCCCGGAAGAGGGCCAGCUGGCCCGGCUUUGGGGCGUGUGCCCCGAGGCGCGGAGCGCGAGUGCGACGAUGCGGGGACUGCCUGGGGCCCCGUCCCCUGGGCUAGGGACGCGCCGAAUGUGACCGCCUCCCGCUCCCUCACCCGCCGCGGGGAGGAGGAGCGGACCAGACGCCGCCGCCGGACGACGGGACACGGAGGCGGCUCGGCUCCUUCAGUAAUCUCUACACCCAACGUGGGGCUCGAAUUUACAACCUGGAGAUCAAGAGUCGCGUGCUCUACCGACUGAGCCAGCCAGGUCUUAAUCUAGUUUCAGGUGUACAGCACAGUGAAUGGACAUUUAUAUACAUUACAAAAUGUUUACCAUGGUUUAAGUAUUGUGUAAGCUGCAUCAAUGGAGCACAUACAGGGGGCCUGGAAGACGAUCAGCAACGGUUUUGGAUUCAAAGACACAGUGUUUGACGGCCCCAGCUGCAUCUCCCCUACAAUAGUUCAGCCGUUUGGCUUUCAGCGUCGGGCAUCAGAUGAUGGCAAACUUACGGACUCGUCUAAGACAAGCAACACUAUCCGUGUUUUCUUGCCAAACAAGCAAAGAACAGUGGUCAAUGUGCGGAAUGGAAUGAGCUUGCAUGAUUGCCUUAUGAAAGCGCUCAAGGUGAGGGGCCUACAGCCGGAGUGCUGUGCCGUGUUCAGACUUCUCCAUGAACAUAAAGGUAAAAAAGCACGUUUAGAUUGGAAUACUGAUGCCGCCUCAUUGAUUGGAGAAGAACUUCAAGUAGAUUUCCUGGAUCACGUUCCCCUUACAACACACAACUUUGCACGGAAGACCUUCCUGAAGCUUGCCUUCUGUGACAUCUGUCAGAAGUUCCUGCUAAAUGGAUUUCGUUGUCAGACUUGUGGCUACAAAUUUCACGAGCACUGUAGCACCAAAGUACCUACUAUGUGUGUGGACUGGAGUAAUAUCAGACAGCUCUUAUUGUUUCCAAAUUCUACUAUUGGUGAUAGUGGGGUCCCAGCACUGCCUUCUUUGACAAUGCGUCGGAUGCGAGAGUCUGUUUCUCGGAUGCCUGUUAGUUCCCAGCACAGAUACUCCACACCCCACGCCUUCACAUUCAACUCCUCCAGCCCUUCCUCUGAAGGUUCCCUCUCCCAGAGGCAGAGGUCGACGUCCACACCUAAUGUCCACAUGGUCAGCACCACCCUGCCUGUGGACAGCAGAAUGAUUGAGAAUAACAGCCUGAAUGCUUCUCCCAGGGCGUGGUCCAGACGAUUUUGUUUGAGGGGAAGAGAUGCAAUUCGAAGCCACAGUGAAUCAGCCUCACCUUCAGCCUUGUCCAGCAGCCCUAACAACCUGAGCCCAACAGGCUGGUCACAGCCCAAAACCCCUGUGCCAGCACAGAGAGAGCGGGCACCAGGAUCUGGGACCCAGGAGAAAAACAAAAUUAGGCCUCGUGGACAGAGAGAUUCAAGCUAUUACUGGGAAAUAGAAGCCAGUGAAGUGAUGCUGUCCACUCGGAUUGGGUCAGGCUCCUUUGGCACGGUGUAUAAGGGCAAGUGGCACGGAGAUGUUGCAGUAAAAAUCCUAAAGGUUGUCGACCCCACACCAGAGCAGUUCCAGGCCUUCAGGAACGAGGUGGCUGUCCUCCGCAAAACACGGCACGUGAACAUCCUGCUCUUCAUGGGGUACAUGACGAAGGAUAACCUGGCGAUUGUGACCCAGUGGUGCGAAGGCAGCAGCCUCUACAAACACCUGCAUGUCCAGGAGACUAAAUUCCAGAUGUUCCAGUUGAUUGACAUCGCCCGCCAGACUGCUCAGGGAAUGGACUAUUUGCAUGCUAAGAACAUCAUCCACAGAGACAUGAAAUCCAACAAUAUAUUUCUCCAUGAAGGCCUGACGGUGAAAAUUGGAGAUUUUGGUUUGGCAACAGUGAAGUCGCGCUGGAGCGGUUCUCAGCAGGUUGAACAACCCACUGGCUCUGUCUUGUGGAUGGCCCCUGAGGUGAUCCGAAUGCAGGAUAACAACCCGUUCAGCUUCCAGUCUGAUGUCUACUCGUACGGCAUUGUGCUCUAUGAGCUCAUGACGGGGGAGCUUCCUUACUCCCACAUCAAUAACCGCGAUCAGAUCAUCUUUAUGGUGGGCCGAGGGUAUGCCUCCCCAGACCUCAGUAAGCUCUAUAAGAACUGCCCCAAGGCGAUGAAGAGGCUCGUGGCCGACUGCGUCAAGAAGGUCAAGGAGGAGAGGCCUCUCUUCCCCCAGAUCCUGUCUUCCAUCGAGCUGCUCCAACACUCUCUGCCGAAGAUCAACCGGAGCGCUUCGGAGCCAUCCCUGCACCGGGCGGCCCACACUGAGGACAUCAACGCCUGCACACUGACCACGUCCCCUCGACUGCCUGUCUUCUAGCGGACUUUGCACCUGCACUCAGGCCGCCGGGGCGGGAAGGGAAGUCAGCAGGCACCAGCAGGCACCAGCUUUCGCUCCCCUUUGAUGGAGGCGGAGAGCUCGUUUUCAGAGAAGCUGCUGCUAAGGACCUUCUAGACUACUCAAGGGCCUUAACUUCAUGUUGCCUUCUUUUCUACCCUUUCUGGCCCUGGGAGAAGGAAGCCAUUGGAAACGCUGAUUUGUCCUGCGCCCUCCCUGCAGCCCCUGUGCUCCUGAGCCGAGAGCCUUCUCCAGAUGCGCCUGCGGCUGCCGGAUGCCAAUCCGUGAUCUGGGGCCCCAGCUGUUGGCUGAAUGAGUAUUUUUUUUUAGGGCAAAAACAAGCACUCAGAGGGGAAAUGAAGGUAGCAGACAAAUGAGCCCUGACGUGGACAUGUGGGUAUCCGCUCCUAGGGGAAUGCUUAUGGGAAGGACUGCUCUUCAGAGAGUGGUGUGGCGUCAGACACGGAGUUUUGCACAUAACACACCAAACAGCCCAGGACUGUCGAGAGACCACGGCCGCCUGAAGGGGCGUUGGUACUAGGGACCUUGACUUCUGGGGACACUUCCUCUCCUUGGAGGCCUCCAGGGCAUUGGGACGGUUUUCCAGAAGAGGCGCUCGGCCCACCCCUGCCCGUCUCCUCCUGCCCUGUCAGGGAGCAGUCUUCCAUCUCACUGAAUCUGUCUUCCAGGAGCUGCCCCUGUGGGGCGGGGCCGCCGGGCCAGCCUUUCUCUUCAGUCACAUCAUGCGGAUGCAAGGAAGCCAGGAAUACAGGUUUUCUUGAUGAUUUGGGUUUUAAUUUUGUUUUUAUUGCGCCUGACAAAAUACAGUUAUCUGAUGGUUCCUCAAUUAUGUUAUUUUAAUAAAAUAAAUUAAAUGUA